AUGGCUGCGAUAUGUGCUACCCCAUCCACGCUUAAUCGUCUCCUCGCCGUUCGGGGACGAAUGGUUGUUCAACUGGUCAUCAAUAAUACUACAGUCAAGAUUAGUACAGAAGUAGUAGAGAUAGAUGGAAAGCCUGCACAAUCAGUAGAGGGGCAAGAGGCAAAUGGGCAAAGUAUUAGCACAAGCCAGGAAGCAGUGGUGGAAAAGGGUGAACAUGAUAAGUGGAAAGAGGACAAGACAGAAGAAGAGGAAACUGAGGAGCAAUCCUUAGAUAUCAGUAAUAGUAAUCAUUCAAAGGAGCCUGGUGGAUCAGUCCCAAAGACUCCAAGAAGUAAUCCCCAUCAGGAAAUAAAAGAUCGGGAGCUUAAGGAAGAUUUUCUUAAUGUUCAAAUUGAUCAGGUGUCAAGAGCAGCAUAUCUCUCUCCUAGACAGACAAGAUCAGUUAAUACUCAGCAAUCCUUUGAGAGAUUAACUAAUCUGAAUAGAAGAAACAGAUACAGUAUUAUUGGUCUGAUGGAACCUUUUGAAGAUGCUGAACAAAUAGAAAGAUUUAGAAGGAAGUUAGAGGAUGAACAGGGUUCUGUGGAGAUAGAAAAUGAACAGCAGAUUACUUUGAAGCUAUUUCACCAAAGUUUAAACUGUAAUAUAGUCUUAACAGUGGUGUAUGCCUCUUGUGAUGCUGGAGAAAGAAGAGUGCUUUGGGAUUCCAUUAACCAGGUCUCUAAUCUUUUUUAUUUACCUUGGCUGGUGGGUGGUGACUUCAAUGUCAUAUCUACAGAAAAGGAAAAAUUAGGAGGUCUACUAGUCUUGUAUAAUGAGGUAGCAGAUUUCAAUCAUUGUCUCAGCAGUUGUGGCCUACAGGAUCUUCGAUAUGUAGGUAGCACAUAUACAUGGUGGAAUGGAAGAGCUGAAGAAGCAUGUAUUUUUAAAAGAUUGGACAGGAUGGUUUGUAAUGAUAAAUUUCUAGAUGUAAUGCCCACCAUGAAGGUAACUCAUCUGAUAAAAAAAGGAUCUGAUCACUCUCAUUUGGAACAUAAAUUCUCCACAACUACUGAGGUGAUCAUAAAGAGUUUUAAGUUCUUGAAUUUUUUGGUCCAACAUGAGAGUUUCCAGGAGGUUAUCACGCAACACUGGUGUAUAGAUUUUGAAGGAAAUCCAUUUACCAAGUUUCAUCACAAGCUCAAAAAGGUGAAGGAUGCAUUGAGAAUUUGGAGUAAGAACACAUAUGGCAAUAUUUUUCAGCAAAUUGCAUCACUGGAAGAGAAGUCAAGACUAACAUGGUUUCAAGAUGGAGAUAGAAAAUCAAAGUUCUUCCAUGCUUAUGUAAAAGGGAGGAGAAAGAAGCUUAGAGUGGAUAAUAUCCAAGAUGCUGAUGGAAAUUGGCUAACCAAUCAAGAGGAGAUCUCACAAGAAGCAGUCAGAUGUUAUCAGAAGCAGUUUGAAGAAGACAUAAUUCCUUCUAAGUUUGGUUUACUAAAGCAUAUCCCUACCCUAGUCACAGAAGAUCAGAAUCAUACCAUAGAGAUGCUACCAAAUGAAGAAGAAGUCAAAGAAGUUGUUUUUGCCUUGAAUGGAGAAAGUGCCUGUGGUCCUGAUGGAUUCACAGGAUUGUUCUUUCAAUCAGCUUGGGAGAUAGUCAAACUAGAUGUGGUGGAUAUGGCGAAGGCAUUCUUUGUGGGGCAAGAAUUACCAAGAUUCAUCACUCAUACAAAUCUGAUUCUUAUCCCUAAGAAAGAGCAGGUGCAAAGUUUCUCAGAUCUGAGGCCAAUCAGUCUCAGCUAUUUUACAAACAAAAUCAUCUCAAGGGUACUGCAUGAAAGAUUAGUAAAACUGCUGCCAGGUUUGAUUUCUGAGAAACAAUCAGCUUUUGUGAAGGGAAGGAGUAUCAUGGAGAAUGUACUACUCACACAGGAGAUUGCUAGAGAUAUAAGCAAGAGAACUAAAACAGCAAAUGUAGUGGUUAAAUUGGAUAUGACCAAGGAUAUAACAUAUAUGAUAGAGUCUCUUGGCUCUUCCUCACCAAAGCUACUAUCAAACAACUGGUAUUCAGUUCUCUUGAAUGGGCAAGCACAUGGUUUUUUCAAGUCAUCAAGGGGAGUUAAACAAGGUGAUCCUCUAUCCCCCACCCUUUUCAUCUUAGCUGCUGAGGCAUUAUCAAGGGGACUAAAUGCAUUGUAUAAAAACCCAAGGUUUGUGGAGUAUGGUAUGCCAAAAUGGACUCCAAGAAUUAAUCAUUUGUCAUAUGUUGAUGACACAAUUCUUUUUAUCUCUGCUGACCAAUAUUCAGUAAAACUGAUGAUGAAAGUGCUAAAUAGAUAUGAGAAGGUGCGGAGUUGUUUGGUGUCAAGGAUGAAACAAAUCACAGGAAUUAGGCAAGGCCUCUUUCCGUUCACAUAUCUUGGCUGCCCAAUUUUCUACAGUAGGAACAUAAUUUCAGAUUAUGAAACAGUUGUUAAAAAGAUUGCCAAAAGGGUGAAUGCAUGGCAAGGGAGACUACUGUCAUAUGGUGGAAGAGCAACACUGAUAUCUCAUGUAUUACAAAGCAUGCAUGUAUACCUAUUAUCAGGAAUGAACCCUCCAAAGGGUAUGAUCAGACAAAUGCAUAGUAUUUUCUCAAGGUUUUUCUUGUCAAACACUGGUGACAAGAAAGGUGUACAUUGGGUUAAAUGGGAAACACUGCCAUUGCCUAAAGAUGAAGGUGGACUGGGGUUCAAAUCACUAUUUGAAGUGUCAAAUGCCCUUUUCUGUAGACUAUGGUGGAAUCUUAGAACAAAUCCUUCAUUGUGGAGUUCUUUCAUAAUAAAUAAAUACAACAAAAAGCUUCAUCCUGUGAUUGCACAUGCUAAAGAGGCAUCUUCUAUCUGGAGAAAGUUGAUAAUAGUAAGGGAACUGGUGGAGCAUCAGAUAUGGUGGCAAGUGAAAAAAGGGGAUUCUAGCUUCUAG